UUCACCUCGCCGCCUCUUGUUGUCUUACUCCACAAUUGUAUAUUGAAAGAACCGUCGGAAGCUGAAAAGAUUAGUAAUCGCCGGCGUUGACAUACACACAAACGAGACGAGAGAUUCGGAAGAUGUGGAACCAAAAGUAUGAUUUGGAGUCGGCUCAGACGCCUCUCUACCCCAUGAUGUUGGAGAGCCCCGAGCUCCGAUGGUCUUUCAUCCGCAAGGUCUAUUCCAUCAUCUCCAUCCAGUUGCUCGUCACGAUCGCCGUAGCCGCCACCGUCGUUAAGAUUAAUUCGAUUUCUGUCUUCUUCACCACCACCAGCGCCGGCUUCGCUCUCUACAUCCUUCUUAUAUUCACUCCGUUGAUUGUGAUGUGUCCCUUGUAUUACUAUCACCAGAAGCACCCUGUGAAUUAUAUACUACUCGGGAUUUUCACCGUCUCUCUUGCCUUUGCGGUUGGCUUGACCUGCGCCUUUACAAGCGGGAAGGUCAUUCUCGAGUCUGUCAUUUUGACCGCUGUGGUGGUGAUCUCCCUUACGCUCUACACUUUCUGGGCUGCCAAAAGAGGCCAUGACUUCAACUUCCUCGGACCUUUCUUGUUCGGUGCCGUCAUUGUGCUCAUGGUGUUUUCUUUCAUCCAGAUUCUCUUCCCUUUAGGUAAGAUCUCAGUGAUGAUCUACGGUUGUGUGGCAUCCAUCAUCUUCUGUGGCUACAUCGUAUAUGAUACCGACAACUUGAUCAAGAGGCACUCGUAUGACGAGUACAUCUGGGCUGCUGUCUCUCUUUAUUUGGAUGUCAUUAAUCUCUUCCUCUCUCUGCUUACUCUCUUAAGGGCUGCUGAUAGUUAAGCGCUCUACCUACUUCAUCUGUUCAAAUUCUUUUUUCUGCAUAGAUAUUUGGCUUGUAUAGAUGAUAAGUUGAACCUUGUAACAUGGCACACCGGAAGCCAAUAAAUACGUUUUACUUGUGAAA